AUGAUUGAUGAUGAUGAUGAUGAUGAUGAUGAUGAUGAUGAUGAUGAGGAUGAUGAUGAUGAUGAUGAUGAUGAUGAUGAUGAUGAUGAUGAUGAUGAUGAUGAUGAUGAUGAUGAUGAUGAUGAUGAUGAUGAUGAUGAUGAUGAUGAUGAUGAUGAUGAUGAUGAUGAUGAUGAUGAUGAUGAUGAUGAUGAUGAUGAUGAUGAUGAUGAUGAUGAUGAUGAUGAUGAUGAUGAUGAUGAUGAUGAUGAUGAUGAUGAUGAUGAUGAUGAUGAUGAUGAUGAUGAUGAUGAUGAUGAUGAUGAUGAUGAUGAUGAUGAUGAUGAUGAUGAUGAUGAUGAUGAUGAUGAUGAUGAUGAUGAUGAUGAUGAUGAUGAUGAUGAUGAUGAUGAUGAUGAUGAUGAUGAUGAUGAUGAUGAUGAUGAUGAUGAUGAUGAUGAUGAUGAUGAUGAUGAUGAUGAUGAUGAUGAUGAUGAUGAUGAUGAUGAUGAUGAUGAUGAUGAUGAUGAUGAUGAUGAUGAUGAUGAUGAUGAUGAUGAUGAUGAUGAUGAUGAUGAUGAUGAUGAUGAUGAUGAUGAUGAUGAUGAUGAUGAUGAUGAUGAUGAUGAUGAUGAUGAUGAUGAUGAUGAUGAUGAUGAUGAUGAUGAUGAUGAUGAUGAUGAUGAUGAUGAUGAUGAUGAUGAUGAUGAUGAUGAUGAUGAUGAUGAUGAUGAUGAUGAUGAUGAUGAUGAUGAUGAGAACUGA